UAGUGUGCAUGCUAAGCUACAAUUGUAGAUUGUCGGAGCCUGACUUUGCGUCGAUCAUCGUUCUAGCAUUGUUACAAAAAACGUACACUAGGAUUGAGAAAUGUGAACGAAAAUGGACAGAAAUAAUCAUCGAAACUGUUGUAGUAGCCAGGUAGCAUGUUGCUGUGGGAACUCAUCAUGUUCAUCGCCAUGUCUGCCACCUAUCAAAGAAUCUACCAGCACAAGACUGAUGUAUAUAUUGUAUUAUCUCAUUGGAGCUAUUCUUUCAGCAGUCAUGGUUACAGAAACCAUUAGAGAAUCAUUACAUCGGGCUCCAUGGCUGGUAGAUUUCUGUGAGAAUGUUGGCGCUGGGACAAACUGCAGCAGUUUCAUGGGAUAUGUUGCAGUAUACCGUAUAAACUAUUCCCUUGCAGCAUUCUUCCUUGUCUUAGCUGUAUUGACCAUCUGUGUCGGAAGUAGUUCAUCCAUCAGAGGACAAAUACACAAUGGUUUCUGGUUCUUUAAGUUCAUUUUCUUGAUAUUGCUGUGGGUUGGUGCAUUCUUCGUGCCAACCCCUCCUGAGGUUCUGACAGCAGGACUGGUGGUGGGCUUCACAGGGGCUUGUCUGUUCAUCAUCAUGCAGCUAUGGCUUCUCAUAGACUUUGCUUCCUCCUGGAACCGCAGUUGGUCAAGGAAGUAUGAUGGGGGAUCAGUGUGUUGGUAUAUAGGAUUGAUAUUCUUCAUCUUGAUCUUCUACGCUGUAUCCAUCCUGAUAACUGUUUUUACCAUCGAGUUGUAUGGCAAGCCAUUCAUCUCAUGUCUCAGGAAUACACUCUAUGUCAGUUUUAGUGCCACAGCCUGUGCCAUCAUUACCAUUCUCACCAUCCUGCCAUGUGUACCACGAAAUCAUCCAAGGGCCAGCUUACUACAAGCGUCUAUAGUCUCAGCUUAUGUCAUGUAUCUAACAUUCUCAGCAAUUGUCAUUGAACCACCAAUGGAAAAUGUAACACAAAUUGGGGUCAAUGAGACAACCAAUACACCGAUCUACAAUACAACGUUGGUAUUAUGCUCUCCAAAUAGCUUUGCAUCGUCUAUCUUUGUUGAUACUUCGUAUGGAGAGCUACUGAGUGCAGCUAUAGCAACUAUUCUUCUCCUCGGCAUGGUGUUGUAUGCCUGCAUAAUGUCUUCAACAUCUACUGCACCUAGUCCUGAGGAAGAAGGCAAUGCCAACAAAAACUUUUGGUGCUGCUGUCAUAAUGAAAUCCAUGAGGAUGAAAUUGAUGGUCACCGUCGCGGUUGGGGUGUAAUUGCUAACGAAGAAGAGAAAACCAUUUAUAACUACUCAUUCUUCCACAUAACAUUCCUGUUGGCAUCACUCUAUACUAUGAUGACAUUCACUAACUGGUAUAGUCCUGAGAGUGCCACAUUGGAGAACCUUCACCGAACAUGGCCGCCGUUCUGGGUACGUCUUGUUUCGGCCUGGGUGUGUGCCCUCCUGUAUGGCCUCAAGAUCAUCAUCAUCCUGUGUCGGACUGAUCCUGAUCAACGGUCUAAUAGGUAGUUUAGAGUAAUAUGCAUGCACUGCAUUGUUCAUAUACUUCUCCCAUGAGAUCAAGAAGACGAAGGAGAAGAGAUCGUCAGAGGAGUACACCACUGUGAUUUCUUUACAGCCUCUUACCAGAACUUAGGCAAUGACCUCUGUAUGGUACACCACUAGGGAAGCUUGUCACCAGAGUCCCCCAAAAAUAAAUGUUUGUUCUGGAUAAAUGUAGUUGAGCUUUCAUAAAUACAUGUAGGAAGUAUUUCAGUAAUGAUAGAGAAAACAAAUGUUUUUUGGAUUUUUUAUGAUGAAAGUGUCUUCUUGUCUCAGUAACUUUGAGAGAAACACCAGUAGUUGCAGUAAACACUGAUUUCAUGAGAAAGUCUGUAAAACCAGGCUUAAUUGUCAGUAUAUCAUCGAAGAU